AUGAGUUGACUGUAAGUCAAGUGUCAAAAGUUGUGUCAAUCAAUGAAAAGUUGAAAUUUGUUUGAAAUAAAUGAUUCUAUUAUUCAAUGAUUUACUGUUUGUCGACAAGUAUUUCAUCUGAUAUUUAAAGACCAAAACAAUGUCCAGCAAUCAGAUGAUGAAUAAGAAGAAGAAGAUAAUCAUGAAAAAAGAAUUGCCGUUUUGUAUCAACAAAAAUAUCUUAAGUGGAAAAGAAUACCGAAGACUUAUACGCGAAGAAAGGGAGAGACAAAUAGCAGAAAAGUAUUUGAAGAAAAAGGGACACAAUUUGAAUGAUUUGAUUGGUCUGCCGUUACCGCCGUUUCGCGACGCGGCCACCAAUUAUGACUUUUAUAAAGGCUCUCGAAUUGUGGCCAAAUAUUUAACAGAAAUCAAGAAACAGACGACUGUUGAUGACAACACUGCUCUCACUUUGGUUUUGGCAAAAUUGAGGGCUAAAUGGCACCAAAAACACGACGAAUUGGUCGCACAACUCAAUGAAGAAGUGUUUUGGAAGAGUUUAUAUAAACAAAAGCAAAGAGAGUUAGAAGAAAAUGUGAGAAAACAUAUAAAAAUAAAGAAGUGGUGUGUUAUGUGUCGACAAGAGGCCAGACGGGAGUAUACGUGUUGUCCUAACGGAAGAUACUGUUGUUUUAUUCAUAAGGCAACACAUAAAACACAUUUUAUUAAUUGUCGCUCAAAAAAGGGAUUUUAAUACAAGAUUUAUGUAUUUUUUGACUUUAUUUUAUUUAAUUGUGAUUUAAUUUACUCUUUUGUUACCUAUUAUCUUGAGAUUUGAUUUUUUCGGCGUUAUCUGAAUGGUUGCCCACAAAGCCAAAGGUAGCGUCUUUUCCG